AUGCGUUACUCCGCAUCAAUUGCCUUGUUGGCACUUGCUGUGUCAGAAACAUGGGCUCUUUGUCCCUAUGCAGAAAAGAUGGCACUUGAAAAAAAGAGCUCGGUUCCUCAUUCGCCGGCCCCUCGUGAGGCACCUUCGCCAGGAAAGAAGGGCAUUUUCUACAUGAACCGAAUUGCCCCUGGUACAUCGGAGUUAUAUGUUGCCAAUGUCGACGGAACCAACGAGCGCCCUCUCCUGUCCAACCCCAUCUACGAAUACCAUGCCUCGUUUUCGCCCGACGGUGAAUGGAUCACCUUCACCGGAGAGCGCAAUGGCGAUGGAAACUCAGAUAUAUACCGUGUUCGAACAAAUGGCUCCGAUCUCGAGGAGCUGGAAGCGACUUCUUCCAUCGAGGAUGGGGCAGUCAUGUCGCCCAAUGGAAAACAGGUCGCCUACGUGUCCACCGCAAAUGGCUACAAGGCAAACAUCUGGGUCAUGGAUCUAGAGACUGGGAACAAAUGGAACCUCACGGAUACCACCUCGACCGCUGCCAACGCCUCUCUACCGAACGGUUACUUCCGUCCCUCGUGGUCUCCCGAUGGCCAAUGGAUUGCCUUCUCGUCGGACCGGAACUCGGGCUGGUAUGGACACGGUGAUCCGGUUUACCUGGGUGUUUCGGGGUGGGAGCACACACAAGAGCUAUCGAUUUACGCUAUUCGCCCCAACGGGUCAGACUUCCGUCGUGUUGCGUCCAAGUCAGGUUACUGUCUUGGCUCGCCCAGGUGGUCGCCCAAUGGCGAGCGUAUCCUCUACUACGAGAUGACUCGUGAGAAUACUUGGAACUCCCAUCGUCCUGAAUCAAUCAACACUUCCAACUCUACUAUCGUGUCUGUGGACUUUGCCUCUGGAGCCAAUCGACGUGUGGAAGUUGCUGGAUCUGGUGUCAAGAUCUUCCCACAAUAUAUCUCUGAUGACACCGUCGCCUACUUCGCCAAAGGAUCCGGCAAGGAGGGACUUCACACAUCUGAUGGUGGAUACGUCAACACGACUAGCUCAACUGUGCGCUCUCCGGCUUGGUCCCCAGAUGGCAAGCAAGUCGUCUAUGAAAAGACAGAUUGGGAUGUCGUUCGCCCGAUGGGCAAGGAAUUGUACAGCUGGGAUGAAGACUGGGAGUACCGCUUCACAGAUGUGUUCCCCCAACUCUCAAACACCAACAAUAUUGUCAUGACCGAGAAACAGCUCGGAAAUUCCUCAAUCGUCUCCCUCAACGCAAAAGCCACGAAUGAGAAAAUGGUGUACGAUGUCAUGUAUUCCGAUUUCAUCGAAGCCUCAGCCGUCGCCAUGGGCACAGCAGGCGCCUUCAACCCAGCUUGGUCACCAGAUGCGAAAUGGGUCACUUUUGGUGUCGGGUUCUGGUUCCAAUCUCGAGCAACAGGUGGCGGCUGGUUGGUUCGCACAACCGCGAACGGCUCCUACUCCGAGGUCCUGACAGAAAGCGAGGCCACCCUUCAAAGCAAUGAAAGUGUGAUCAACUCUGGAUUCCCCAGUUACUCACACGAUGGAAAGAAGAUCGUAUUCCGUGUGUGGGGAACAAACUCGACUCUCGGCGACAAGUCCCAGCUCGGACUCCGUGUUCUUGAUCUCGACACACGCAAGACUACUGUUCUGACGAAUGAAUGGGAUAACUUGCCUUCUUUCUCGCCUGAUGGUAAGAGAAUUGUAUUCACUCGGAAAGUGAGUGAUUAUAACUACGAUGUUUGCACAAUGCGGCCGGAUGGGACGGAUUUGAAGGUUCUCACGAGCAGUGGUGCGAAUGAUGCCCAUGCUGUCUGGACCUGGGAUGGCCGUAUUGCUUAUUCUUCGGGCAUGUAUGGGUUCCAGUAUGAAUGCGCGCUUUAUGAUCAGACAUUCCAACCGUAUGGUCAAGUGAUUGUUAUGGAUGCCGAUGGAUCAAAUAAGCGUGUGCUCACUGACUCUAUCUGGGAGGACUCCAUGCCAAUGUUUGUACCAAAUAGCAAACUUGAAAGGUAA